UUGUAUCUCUUCGUAAAGAUCAUUACUGCUGAUACGGAUCCUUUCUCAUCUACGCUUAGAAAAGACACGCGUGUCGAUGAUGUGGCGAUUUCGUGGCCACCAAACGAAAUCCAAUCGACCGGCAAUGACUAUGGGUCCUGUCACACUGCAGCUAACAUUCUGUUAAAUUCUCCAUCAACACCACCUUCACCAUCACCUUCACCUUCAUCCUGUCCAUUUGCACGAAAAGAGUCGACGGGCUCGCGGGCCUCACAGCGCCGCGGAAGCCUUGACAGUCUUGUAGCGGAAGCAAUAGCUCAAUUACCCGGAAAUUUCUCGCGCGCUACCGCCAGGAUUUCCGGCUGUUCUGUCAAUUGUUCUGUCUCCGCUGCAGCCACUCUUGGUCCACUAGCCUGUGGUUCCGGGCUAGAUUCUAACCAAGGGCAAAUCGACGAGGUACUUGUUACCAGUGCUGGAGGUGGAUUGACAACGAGGACCUUGUCCACCGAACCUGAGGCAGUAUCUCCUGUCGAUUACGACACAGAUAUGGUUGGCACUGGUCCUCGAACUUCUGGUUUAUGGUCGCAUAGUGAAGAGAAGAAUCUUGCUUCUCGGGACGAUGAUUCACUUUGCCUUCUACGAAUGAAUGCCAGGAGGAUGAAUAUGACAGCUACCGAUGCAGUUUUCGGCAUUUGCGCUGCAGCUGACAAGGAUACGACCUGCCCCGUUGACCUCUCUUCCGAUUCAUUGUCCAGUUCGCCUUAUCUUUCUUCGCUCUCCACUCUGGCCACUUCUAGCACUCCCUCAUCUGCUUCCCUCGGAGGUGGCGGCAGUACCUGCAGCCGCGGAGUCAUCAAUACCAGCAGCGGGCUCAUCAGCAGUAGCUGCGACUCCAGUAGCUCCGACGCCUCGUCCAAUUCCUCCCCUAGUGCCAUAGUCGUGCUUGAACCCACUGACCCUCUGGCCUUACCCACUCGUGGGUUCACACGGCUACAUAUGCCGUCUGCUACUCUGGGAUCUCGAGGGACUGAUGGCUAA